CCACACCGCCUCCUCCCUCCGCCCCGGCACCUGCACUCGUCGAUUCGUCGGGCUCGCCUCGCUCCCCUGCCUCCCUUGCCUUCCUCUCCCCUUCCCCGCGGCCGCGCGCCCCCGCAUGCGAGCGCACCGACUGGCAGACGGGCCCGGCAUGGACAAGUACGAGGAGGUGCGGGACAUCGGGUCGGGCAACUUCGGGGUGGCGCGGCUGAUGCGCAGCCGCGAGACCCGCGGGCUCGUCGCCGUCAAGCUCAUCGAGCGCGGCCACCGGGUCUGGAACAUUGACGAGAAUGUGUACCGGGAGAUCAUCAACCACCGCUCGCUGCGGCACCCGAACAUCAUCCAAUUCAUAGAGGUGAUCCUAACUCCAACGCAUCUUGCAAUUGUGAUGGAGUAUGCGGCUGGUGGUGAACUCUUUGAUCGAAUAGUUGAUCGUGGGCGGUUUAGUGAGGAUGAGGCCAGAUAUUUCUUUCAGCAGUUGAUCUGUGGCGUGAGCUAUUGCCAUCACAUGCAAAUAUGCCAUAGAGAUUUGAAGUUGGAGAAUGUUCUCUUGGAUGGCAACCCAGCUCCGCGGCUCAAGAUAUGUGAUUUUGGAUACUCCAAGUCUUCAGUACUACAUUCAAGGCCAAAAUCAGCAGUGGGGACACCGGCAUAUAUUGCACCAGAGGUGCUUUCUCGCCGAGAGUAUGACGGAAAGCUUGCAGAUGUAUGGUCCUGCGGAGUGACUCUUUAUAUCAUGCUUGUGGGAGCCUACCCAUUUGAAGACCAGGAUGACCCUAAAAAUAUUAGGAAAACCAUUCAGCGGAUAGCAGCGAUUCAAUAUAAGAUCCCAGAUCAUAUCCACAUAUCUGCUGAUUGCAGACAGCUCAUUUCACGUAUCUUUGUCAGCAACCCAUUGAGGAGAAUCACCAUGAGGGAAAUAAAAAGCCAUCCGUGGUUCUUGAAGAACUUGCCGAGGGAACUCACGGAAGCAGCGCAGUCAAUCUACUACAGGAGGGACAACAUCGUGCCUGCUUUCUCGGACCAAAAUACCGAGGAAAUCAUGAAGAUUGUCAAAGAGGCAAGAACCAUGCCAAAAUCAUCGAGAUCAGGCUACGGCUACAGUGAUGAGUGCUCAGAUGAGGAGGGGAAGGAAGAGGAGAACGAACCCAAAGAGGAGGAGGAAGAAGAUGAGUGUGAUAAGAGGGUCAGGGAGGUUCGUGAGAGCGGAGAGCUGGAUAUGGCCUCACUGCGCAUCUAAAUGCUGCUUGUGAGGCGGCCAGAUGUAGAUAAUUUGGCUUUAUUUUCUGCUGGCUUUUUUGUAGGAUGUAUGCUAUUCUGGCUUCAGACAUAGUAGUAGUCUAUUUAAGCUUUUUCCAUCCUGUAGCAUAAUUUUUGUUGAAACUGUAUGUGUGGCCUAAGGACUAAGGUUGGUUCUCAGUUUUGUACAGGCACAUCUGGUUGUGUUUUCAGAUAGAAAUAUUUCCGUUUGUUUGCA